GCUAACAACUAGCCUGCAUUGCUAACCGCUCCAGUGAGCCACUUCACUCAUGACCGCGCCACCGACCAGCACAUCAUCGCGCACCGUGGAUGCAGCGACCGUCCGCCUCGGUUUGACCGCACUAUCACCAGUAGUUACAGGCGUCUGAAGGUCCCGCAGAUCCGUCAAAAUGCUGAACAACGGCGACCCAGGGCACGUGGUUGUGAAUUACGUGGACGAGUACCUGGAGCUGGUGGAGUCGCUUCCCUUUGACCUUCAGAGGAGCGUGUCACUCAUGAAGGAGAUCGAUGCCAAGUACCAAGAUGUUCUGAAGGAGCUGGACGAGGCGUACGAGCGCUACUGCAAAGAGUCGGACUCCAUUCAGAGACGCAAGCUCCAGCUGUCCAUUCAGAGGGCACUGAUUCGCAGUCAAGAGCUCGGAGACGAAAAGAUCCAGAUUGCAGGACAGAUGGUGGAGCUGGUAGAAAACCGAACACGUCAGAUCGAUUGGCACGCUGAAGUUCUCCUCACCUCCCAGGAGGCCCCGGAUGGCCAUGUUCCCACAGCCACAUCCCUCACCACCACUGCAACGUCCAUGAUGUCGUCGACCUCCUCGGCGGCCCUCACCCCCAGCAAAGCCGCUUACCACGACAAGAAGCGCGACGAGGUCACUCCCGCCUCGGCCGGAGCUGACAAGGCCGGCGGUAAGCGAUCCAGACGGCAGAAAAACGGCGACGCGCGGGAGAGCUACGGGGGGAUGGAUCCCAGCGAGGACAUAGGAGCGUCCCGCGAGAAAAGAGCCAAAACCUCCUCCAAGAAGAAGAAGAGAACCAAAGGGAAGUCGGAGCGGGAGGUUUCCCCUCCGGACCUGCCCAUUGACCCGGACGAGCCCACGUACUGUCUGUGUGAGCAGGUCUCAUACGGUGAGAUGAUCGGCUGCGACAACGACGAAUGUCCCAUCGAGUGGUUCCACUUCUCCUGUGUCGGGCUUCAUCACAAGCCCAAGGGUAAAUGGUUCUGUCCCAAAUGUCGCGGGGAGAAUGAGAAGACUAUGGACAAGGCCUUGGAGCGAGCGAAGAAGGAGCGAGCGUACAACAGGUAGCCGCUCUGCCGCCGUCUCAGACUCUGUGGCCCUCGUGCCUCUCCGUAGUCAAAAGCAAACAGGUCCAGUGAUGAUGGUUAUUUUUGUAAACAAUAGCGUGUCCUGGUUCUGGGUCUUUGUAAAGACGAACUAAAUACAAGCUGCAUGUUCAUUGUUCUGCACUUACUGACCCUCGUCUGUCAUGUAUGCUAGCGUUCAGUCGUCAUGGAAAUAAACAUUUUCUAGUGAAAGGUUUCUCUGCCUCUUAUCGAAGAUGAU